AUGGAUCUUAGCAGUGGCGCCGUGAUUCCCCCCGCCUCGUCUCGAGUGCGUGGCGGCAGCGGGAAGCUGUUCGCUCUUGAGCUCGAGGAUGGCACAGUCUACCAGGGUUACAGCUUUGGCGCUGAGAAGAGCGUAGCAGGAGAGCUGGUUUUCCAGACUGGCAUGGUAGGAUACCCGGAGUCAGUGACUGACCCCUCCUAUCGUGGCCAGAUCCUGGUCGUCACUUUCCCCUUGGUGGGCAACUAUGGUGUUCCCUCUCGGGAGACCAUGGACGAGUUGUUGAAGACAUUACCAAAAUACUUUGAGUCAACCGAGAUUCACAUUGCGGCACUCGUCGUUGCCACCUACGCCGGAGAGGACUACUCACACUUUCUUGCUGAGUCCUCCCUGGGACAAUGGCUGAAGGAACAGGGUGUUCCUGCCAUGCACGGAGUCGACACCCGUGCUCUGACAAAGCGCAUCCGUCAGAAGGGUAGCAUGCUUGGCCGCAUGUUGCUCCAGAAGUCCGAUGAAACAUUGGAGGAGGCUCCAGUGGACAAGGACAGCUGGAGGUCCUACUUCGAGCAGACUGAGUGGGUUGACCCGAAUAAGAAGAACCUGGUGGACGAAGUUUCCAUUCGGGAACCACGUCUUUUCUCCCCUCCUGAGAAUGUUGCCCUCAAACACCCUUCUGGCCGUCCGGUUCGCGUUCUGUGCUUGGACGUUGGUCUGAAAUUCAACCAGCUGCGCUGCCUGCUUGCUCGGGGCGUUGAAGUCUUGGUUGUCCCUUGGGACUAUGACUUCCCUACCCUCGCCGGCAAGGACUACGAUGGUCUCUUUGUCUCCAACGGUCCUGGUGACCCUGCCACAAUGACCACUACUGUCAACAACCUGUCGAAAACCCUCAAGGAGGCACGGACCCCUGUGUUCGGUAUCUGUCUGGGCCACCAGUUGAUUGCCCGCUCUGUCGGCGCUCAGACCUUGAAGAUGAAGUUCGGUAACCGUGGUCACAAUAUCCCUUGCACCAGCAUGGUGACCGGCAAGUGCCACAUCACUUCUCAGAACCAUGGUUAUGCCGUCGAUUCCACAAGCCUCCCCGAGGACUGGGAAGAGCUGUUUGUGAAUGCCAAUGAUGGCAGUAACGAAGGUAUCCGGCACACCAGCCGUCCGUUCUUCAGUGUUCAGUUCCACCCUGAGAGCACUCCUGGUCCCAGAGAUACCGAGUAUCUCUUCGAUGUGUUUAUCAACAGCAUCAAGGAUACUCUGACUUCCCCCGAAGCUAUCAACAAGCCCGUUACCUUCCCAGGUGGCACUGUGGCUGAGAACAUCAAGGCCUCGCCUCGUGUCUCCGUCAAGAAGGUUUUGAUCUUGGGAAGUGGUGGUCUUAGCAUUGGUCAAGCUGGAGAAUUCGAUUACUCUGGAAGUCAGGCUAUCAAGGCCUUGAAGGAAGAGGGCAUCUACACUAUCCUGAUUAACCCGAACAUUGCCACCAUUCAGACCUCGAAGGGAUUGGCGGACAAGGUGUAUUUCCUUCCUGUGAAUGCAGACUUCGUGCGAAAGGUUAUCAAGCACGAGCGGCCCGAUGCUAUCUACGUCACCUUCGGUGGCCAGACCGCCUUGCAAGUCGGUAUCCAGCUCAAGGAUGAGUUUGAGUCUCUUGGUGUCAAGGUUCUGGGUACACCAAUUGACACAAUCAUCACCACCGAGGAUCGUGAACUCUUUGCUCGUAGCAUGGACUCGAUUAACGAGAAAUGUGCCAAGUCUGCUUCGGCAUCCAACCUCGAGGAGGCUCUCCGAGUCGUGGAGACAAUCAAGUUCCCUGUCAUCGUCCGUGCUGCUUACGCUCUUGGAGGUCUGGGCAGUGGUUUCGCUAAUAACAUGGAUGAACUGAAGGACCUUUGCACAAAGGCAUUUGCUGCCAGCCCCCAAGUUUUGAUUGAGAAGAGUAUGAAGGGCUGGAAGGAAAUCGAAUACGAGGUUGUCCGUGACGCCAGAGACAACUGUAUUACUGUUUGUAACAUGGAAAACUUCGACCCUCUUGGUAUCCAUACCGGUGAUUCCAUUGUUGUUGCGCCGUCGCAGACUCUUUCUGAUGAGGACUACAACAUGCUGCGCACAACCGCUGUCAAUGUGAUCCGGCAUCUUGGCGUUGUUGGAGAGUGCAAUAUCCAGUAUGCGCUCAACCCAUUCUCGAAGGAGUACUGUAUCAUUGAAGUGAAUGCUCGUCUGUCAAGAUCCUCUGCUCUUGCUUCAAAGGCUACUGGUUAUCCUCUUGCCUUCAUUGCGGCCAAGCUUGGUUUGGGCAUUCCUUUGAAUGAGAUCAAGAACUCUGUUACUAAGGUCACUUGCGCCUGUUUCGAGCCUUCCCUGGACUACUGUGUUGUGAAGAUUCCCCGCUGGGACCUUAAGAAGUUCACUCGUGUCUCUACUCAGCUUGGCUCCUCUAUGAAGAGUGUUGGUGAAGUCAUGAGCAUUGGGCGAACCUUCGAGGAAGCGAUUCAGAAGGCCAUUCGCUCCGUUGAUUUCCACAAUCUUGGUUUCAACGAGACUAGCGCACUUAUGUCCAUCAAGGGCGAACUGCAAACUCCGUCCGAUCAGCGCUUGUUCGCCAUCGCCAACGCAAUGGCCGCCGGAUAUAGCGUCGAUGACAUUUGGAAAUUGACCCAGAUCGAUAAGUGGUUCCUUAGCAGACUUAAGGGUCUCAGUGACUUUGGCAAGCUUAUGACCACUUAUAAUGCUACCACUGUUCCCAGACCUCUUAUUCGACAGGCCAAGCAGCUGGGUUUCUCUGAUCGUCAACUUGCCAAGUUCAUUAGCUCCAACGAGCUCGCCGUCCGUCGCAUGCGUGUUGAAGCUGGUAUCAUCCCUAUCGUCAAGCAGAUUGAUACCGUUGCUGCUGAGUUCCCCUCGGUGACCAACUAUCUGUAUCUUACUUACAAUGCCUCUGAACAUGAUGUUGCGUUCAAUGAUAAGGGUAUCAUGGUCUUAGGAUCUGGUGUUUACAGAAUUGGUUCCUCCGUUGAGUUCGACUGGUGUUCUGUCCGUACUAUCCGCACUCUCCGUGAACAGGGCUACAAGACCGUUAUGGUCAACUAUAACCCUGAAACGGUCAGUACAGACUAUGACGAAGCCGAUCGCUUGUACUUUGAGAACAUUAACUUGGAGACUGUCUUGGAUAUCUAUCAGCUGGAAUCCUCCAGUGGUGUUAUCAUGUCCAUGGGUGGUCAGACUCCAAACAACAUCGCCCUGCCUCUCCACCGUCUCAAUGUCCGCAUUCUUGGAACCUCUCCUGAGAUGAUCGAUGGAGCUGAGAACAGAUACAAGUUCUCGCGUAUGCUUGACCGUAUCGGUGUUGACCAGCCCGCGUGGAAGGAGCUUACUAGCAUCGAAGAAGCAACCAGCUUCUGUGACAAGGUUGGCUACCCUGUGCUUGUCCGACCUUCUUAUGUGCUUUCCGGAGCUGCCAUGAACACUGUUUACUCCGAGCAUGAUCUUGCCAGCUAUCUCAACCAAGCCGCUGAGGUUUCGCGCGAGCAUCCUGUUGUUAUCACCAAGUAUAUUGAGAACGCCAAGGAGAUCGAGAUGGACGCUGUGGCACUUAACGGUACCAUGGUUGGGCAUUUUAUCUCUGAGCACGUCGAGAAUGCUGGUGUCCACUCUGGUGAUGCCACAUUGAUCUUGCCCCCGCAGGAUCUGGACCCAGAGACCGUCCGGCGCAUCGAGGAGGCUACUAGGAAGAUCGGUAAUGCCCUUAAUGUCACUGGUCCUUACAACAUUCAAUUCAUCGCAAAGGACAAUGAUAUUAAGGUCAUCGAGUGUAACGUCAGAGCUUCUCGUUCCUUCCCAUUCGUUUCCAAGGUCAUGGGAGUUGACCUCAUCGAGAUGGCCACCAAGGCGAUGCUCGGGGUUCCCUUCCAGGAAUACCCUCCUGUCAGUGUUCCCAAGGACUACGUUGGCGUGAAGGUGCCCCAGUUCUCCUUCUCCCGUCUCUCUGGUGCGGAUCCGGUCUUGGGUGUCGAGAUGGCCUCCACCGGUGAAGUUGCUUCCUUCGGCCGCGACAAGUACGAAGCUUAUCUCAAGGCACUUUUGUCGACUGGUUUCCGCCUACCGAAACGCAAUGUGCUGUUCUCUAUCGGUUCAUACAAGGAGAAACUCGAGAUGUUGCCGUCAAUUCGCAAGCUGCACCAGAUUGGGUUCAACCUCUUUGCUACUUCUGGUACUGCCGACUUCCUGAAGGAGAACGGUGUCCCUGUCAAGUACCUCGAGAUCCUGCCAGGCCAGGAGGAUGAACUCAAGUCCGAGUACUCUCUCACUCAGCACUUGUCGAACAACCUCAUCGAUCUCUACAUCAACUUGCCGUCUAGCAACCGAUUCAGGCGCCCAGCCAACUAUAUGAGUAAGGGUUACCGCACUCGCCGAAUGGCUGUUGACUACCAGACCCCCUUGGUCACCAAUGUCAAGAACGCCAAGAUCCUGAUCGAAGCUAUUGCUCGUCACUAUGACCUGGCCGUGCAGACAAUUGAUUAUCAGACCAGCCAUCGCACUGUCACACUUCCUGGCUUAAUCAACAUUGCCGCUUUUGUGCCCGGUCUUAUGACUCCUGGCUCCAAGGACUUCGAGCUUGUGACCAAGGCUUCUAUGGCUGCCGGCUUCAGUAUGGUGCGCGUCAUGCCUGUUGGCAUCGAUGCCUCUGUCACUGAUGCUCGCGCAUUGAAGGUUGCCCAACAGAAUGCCCAGAAUGCUUCUUUCUGUGACUUCAACUUUUCCGUUGUAGCAACUUCCACCAACGCUGAGCAAAUCGGUCAGGUUACUGGAGAUGUGGGUUCUCUGUUCAUUCCUUUCAACCACCUUUCUGGAAAUAUCAGCAAGGUCGCAGCAGUCACCAGCCACUUCGGCGCUUGGCCUUCGAGCAAGCCAAUCAUCACAGAUGCCAAGUCUACCGACCUUGCCUCGGUCCUUUUGCUGGCAAGCCUCCACAGUCGCAACAUCCACGUCAUGAGUGUCUCCUCCAAGGAAGAUAUUACUCUCAUCGCGCUUAGCAAGGAGAAGGGUCUCAAGGUGACUUGCGAUGUCUCUGUGUUCAGCCUCUUCCUGUCUCAGGAAGAUUACCCUGAAUGCAGCUUCUUACCUUCCGCUGAAGAUCAGAAGGCCCUCUGGGAGAACCUUAGCACCAUUGAUGUUUUCUCCAUUGGCAGCAUUCCGUUCCAGCUUGCUGGCGAGAAGGCUUCCCCAGAGGUCGGUAUCGCUGAAACUCUGCCACUGCUCUUCACUGCCGUGUCGGAGGGUCGCCUGACCGUCCAGGAUAUCAUCGCUCGCCUGUAUGAGAACCCCAAGAAGAUCUUCGAGCUACACGAUCAGGUCGACUGUUCAGUUGAGGUCGAAGUUGACCGCCCGUACCUGUUCCAGAACGCGCACGCGUGGUCUCCUAUCAGCGGAAAGAGCGUGAAAGGAUCUGUCCAGCGGGUUACCUUCCAAGGAAAGACAUCCUGCCUCGACGGCGAGAUCACACCCGAUGCUCCGAAGGGAACGGAUAUGUCUGCCCACCGGAUUGUGCCGGCAUCUCCUUCUGUCAAGGCCAUGUCUCCCUUAGUGCAGGCCCGGCCAGAGGGUAUCGAUGGACGGCUGUCAGUUGCGGGAACUCCUGCUCGCCCUUCACGUCGGGCCUUGGACCAGGCCCCUGCUGUCGGUGAACUUGGACCUCCCUUGUAUCCUACCGUCUCACAAACCUCUUCUCCUCUGCAUGAAAUGCUCUCUCGGUCAACUUUCAGACAGAAGCACGUGCUCUCUGUCGGCCAGUUCACCCGUGCCGACCUACACUUGCUCUUCACUGUGGCCCAAGAAAUGCGUCUCGGUGUUCAACGUCAGGGCGUCCUCGAUGUCCUGAAGGGCCGUGUCCUUUGCACCCUCUUCUAUGAGCCUUCGACCAGAACGUCUGCUUCCUUUGACGCUGCUAUGCAGCGUCUUGGAGGACGUACCAUUGCCAUCUCGACGGAGCAUUCUUCGACAAAGAAGGGUGAGAGCUUGCAAGAUACCCUCCGAACCCUCGGCUGCUAUGGAGACGCUGUCGUUCUCCGUCAUCCAGACCCGACCAGCACUGAAAUCGCUGCCAAGUUCUCCCCUGUUCCCGUCGUCAACGGUGGAAAUGGAAGUGUUGAGCACCCGACGCAGGCAUUCCUGGAUCUCUUCACCAUCCGUGAAGAACUGGGAACUGUCACUGGCUUGACGAUUACCUUCACUGGUGACCUGAGAUAUGGCCGCACCGUCCAUUCUCUUAUUAAGCUUCUCCAGUUCUACGACGUGCGGGUGCAGCUUGUCGCCCCUAAGGAUUUGUCCUUGCCGGAAGAGGUUCGCCAGCAAGUUAUUGCUUCCGGCCAGCUGGUUGUGGAGUCCGAGGAGUUGACUCCGGAGAUCGUUGCUCGUUCCGACGUUUUGUACUCUACCCGCGUACAGAAGGAACGCUUCGCCGACCUGGAACAGUAUGAGCGUCUCAAGAACAGCUUCGUCAUUGACAAUGCUCUUCUCAAGCACGCUAAGAGCCACAUGGUUGUGAUGCACCCCUUGCCCAGAAAUGCGGAGAUUGCGGAGGAGGUUGACUUCGACCAGCGGGCGGCCUAUUUCAGACAGAUGAGAUAUGGCCUCUACUGUCGCAUGGCUUUGCUUGCAUUGAUUCUGGCGCCUUAG